CUUUUGGGAGAGGCAUCACCGAUUGAGGAGCUACUCACUUGUAGGGGGUGGGGAGACAAAUCUCAGUUGCCUUUGAGAGUGUGGAGGACAGUGGAGUUUCCAGCAGACAGGUGGGGUUUCCUGUUCUUAGCCAUCCUGUGAAGCUUUACCUACUCACAAAUUGGGACGUGGCUUGGUGCAGAAUUAUGGACCCUAAACACUGGACCCUGGAUGACAUUCGCUGGUUGGCACACAGCGGGCUUCUUCAUUUCGUCAACACAUUAAGAGAAACGGAUGCUUCCAAAGCUGUUCCGGCGAUUUUGGAGGCCGGUGAGUCAGGCUCCCCAUCAGUUUGCUGCAGCCCCAGUACUCCUGCCCAGGUCCUGGAAGAAAUUGGUUACCUGUAUGAAGAACCCCAGCUGCUCAGCGGCAGGCAAGAUGAUUCCCCAUUCAUGGUAGAGGUGACCACUAGUCUUGACACGGAAGACCCCCUGAGCAACUUCCACCCUCCGCACUUCCUCCAGGUCUCAGAGGUGGAAAUGAGAGGUUCGGAGGAUGCUAUCCCUCGCACUGUGUUACAGCGGCUGAUCCAGGAGUUGCGCUAUGGCAACCCGAACGAGAACAUGAACCUGCUGGCCGUUCAGCACCAGGCCACGGGGAGCACGGGACCGUCCAACUCGGCUGCCAGCACGCUCUCUUCUUCUUCCGCCGAGAACCUCCCGCCGGAAGACCCACAAAUGGUCCAGCAGUCGGCGCGGCAGGAACCACAGGGCCAGGAGCAUCAAGGGGACAAUACUGUGAUGGAGAAGCAGCCCAGGGGAAGCUCCCAGCCUCAGCAGAACAAUGAGGAACUGCCAACCUACGAGGAGGCCAAAGCCCAGUCCCAGUUUUUCAGGGGCCAGCAGCCCAGUGCCGUCGGGCAGAGUGGCUUUUACGGGGCCGUGGCCUCCUGCCCGAAGUCCAGGACGGAAGGCAGGCCGACUCUGGCCCGGGCCAACAGCGGGCAAGCGCACAAAGACGACGCUCUGAAGGAGCUCAAGCAGGGCCACGUGAGGUCUCUGAGCGAGAGGAUCAUGCAGCUGUCCUUGGAGAGAAACGGCGCGAAGCAGCAUCCCCCCAUCUUGGGCAGAAGCAAAGGGUUCAAAACAGGGGGGCCGCUCUCGUCCCAGAUGGCGGGCAAAGGCCUGGAACUGAGGGGCCCGCCUCCGGAGUAUCCCUUCAAAAGCAAACAGGUGGUGUCCCCAGUGAGUAAAACUCAGGAGCACGGGAUGUUCUUCAACGACCAGCACUCGACCGUGAUUCAGGAGGUGGCCAAGACGCCCUAUUCAGUUCCGCAGCCAGCGAGGACCGAAGUCGCCUCUGUCCGAUAUCAGGCUCCUCCGGAAUACAACACAAGCAGCCGUCAGAGCCAGGCGUCUUUUCCAUCCCUCCCCAUGCAACGGCAUCACAGCCCGAUGUCCUCCCAGGCCUCCUCCCUCACUGGCCCGCUGCAUUCUGUGUCUUUGCUGCCACUUUCCAUGGCCACGGGGUCCCAGUCUCUGCCCGCCACGCCACCCAACCAGCAGCCGCUCCCGCCGGAUGCCUUUGCGAUUGUGCAGCGAGCUCAGCAGAUGGUCGAAAUGCUGUCCGAAGACAACGAAGCCCUGCAGAAGGAGCUGGAGGGCUACUACGAGAAAGCAGACAAGCUUCAGAAGUUCGAAAUAGAAAUUCAGAGGAUUUCGGAAGCUUAUGAAGACUUAGUGAAGACCACCACCAAGAGAGAGUCGCUGGACAAGGCGAUGCGGAACAAACUGGAGGGUGAAAUCCGGCGACUCCAUGACUUCAACCGGGACUUGCGGGAGCGACUGGAGACAGCCAACAGGCAAAUGGCCAGCAGACAGUUUGAUGGACUUGAAGAUAAGAUGACAGAGGGUCUCUAUGCCUCUCAGAAUAAAGAGAAGCUGGAGAUGGAGCUGACAGCCGUGCGCCUUACUAACGAGGAGCAGCGAAGGCACAUUGAAAUCCUGGACCAGGCCCUGAACAACGCUCAAGCCAGAGUCAUCAAACUGGAAGAGGAGUUGCGGAAAAAGCAAGUGCAAGUGGAGAAAGUGGAGAAGCUUCAGCAAGCGCUGGCGCAGCUUCAGGCCACCUACGAAAAGCGAGAGCAACUGGAGCGCCGCUUGCGCACGAGGCUGGAGAGGGAGCUGGAAUCUCUGCGGAUGCAGCAGAAGCAAGGCAACUACCAAGCAUCCACCCUGCCAGAGUACAACGUUCCUGCCUUGAUGGAGCUGGUGCGGGAGAAGGACGAGAGGAUUCUGGCUCUGGAAGCUGACAUGACCAAGUGGGAGCAGAAGUAUUUGGAAGAGAGCGCCAUUCGGCACUUCGCCAUGAAUGCUGCGGCCACGUCGGCCACAGAGAAGGAUCCUUUAGCCAUUAAUCACUCACGGAGUGGCAGCUACAGCGAGAGCUCUCUGGAGGUCCGGGUGUGGCAGGAGGAAGAAGAGAUUUUGCAGGUCAACCGGAGGUGCCAGGAUAUGGAAUACACAAUAAAGAACCUGCAUGCAAAAAUCAUCGAGAAAGACGCCAUGAUCAAGGUCCUUCAGCAGCGGUCCAGAAAGGAUCCUGGCAAAAGCAACACGGCCAGCUUGCGGCCCGCCCGGUCAGUCCCGUCGAUUGCUGCAGCAACAGGAACGCAUUCCCGCCAGACCUCCCUCACCAGCAACCAGAUGGCUGAGGAGAAGAAAGAAAACAGGACUUGGAAAGGGAGCAUAGGACUGCUCUUGGGAAAGGACCCCCAGGAUCAUUCAUCUGUACCUUCGCUGCCACCUCCGCCGCCAUCUUUGGUAUCAGCAAUGUCCUCAUGGCCAGUGGCAGUCUGCCAUGCUAAAAUGGAGAGCAAAGAUAGUGGCACUCAGACAGAAAAGGGAUCUGAGCUUUUCUGGCCAAGUUCGGCUUCUUUCCCAGGACGGGGCAAGUUUGGUAACACUCCCGCUGGCAGCCCGGCUCUGAGGCACACGGCAGCCAAGAGUGUUGGUGAAAGAUUAGAGUACUCUCCCAGCCACGGGAAGCUACCGGAGAGCAAAGGACGUCUGAGCAGCCUGCUUCAAAAGCCCGAAUUCCCGGAUCCGGACAUGGUGGAAGUCCUCAUCUAAAGCUGUGGCAGCUUCCUCCGCUUCUAAUGCCAAGUGCACAUAACUCCCAGGAGGAUCUCAUUGUCGCUGUUGUGCAAACCUUGAGAACUUUGGAAAAUAAAUAAAAGGUAGAAUGAGGAAGAUGAAAUCUGGAAGGAAACUACCAGGUGAACCUGACUUUGUUCUUUUAAAGGAGGAGGUCGGAGUAAUGAAUGGAUAUUUGGACUGCAAUAGACAAUCAAAGGAGUAUUGGCCACAGAGACGUGAAUGAAGAAGGCAAUAGCAGCGGUGUGUAGGAAGGUGCAUUUUCUGUUGUGAUGAACGUAUCUUUCUUGCAGAUCUGUAGAAGGUGUGCCAGGUACUGUUCCGCAGCUACUGGGAUGAUGUUUUUAUCGUUGUUGGCUAACUAGUGCUGCUACAUUCCUUUUCUUGUGCCGCAUACACAUCUGGGAUGAGGGAGCAGGACUUCCAGUUAAUAAAGUUUUAGAUACUA